UUUCCCUCCCUCCUCCAGUUUCCGUUUGGUCGCCGUUUGCCCUGUGAUAUUUACUGGCACGCUGUGUCGUUUCACGAUAACGCCAUCGACUCGGGCCUCGUCAACAAAUUUCCAGGGAUGGCGGAAAUGGUGCGGAAGAUUACUCUGAGCCGGGCUAUGAGGACCAUGCAGGAGCUUUUCCCCGACGAGUAUGACUUUUACCCGCGCUCUUGGAUCCUGCCCGAGGAGCUGGCCAUCUUCCUGACAGAGAUCCACAUGAUCAAGGAGACCAACCCCACGUGGAAGCCCACCUUCAUUGUGAAACCGGACGGAGGGUGUCAGGGGGACGGGAUUUACCUCAUCAAAGACCCCAGCGAUGUCCGGAUGACCGGGACCCUCCAGACCAGGCCUUCUGUGGUCCAGGAAUAUAUCUCCAAGCCGCUGCUGAUUGACAAGCUCAAGUUCGACAUCCGUCUGUACGUCCUGCUGAAAUCUUUGCAGCCCCUGGAAGUUUACGUGGCCAAAGACGGACUCUGCCGGUUCUGCACGGAGCCCUACCAGGAGCCGACGCUCAAGAACCUUCACCAGGUCUUCAUGCACCUCACCAACUAUUCCCUCAACAUCCACAGCGGGAAUUUCGUCCACUCCGACAGCGGCAACACGGGCAGCAAACGGACGUUUUCCAGCAUCCUUGACCGGCUCUCUUCCGGUGGGAUUGACGUCCGGAAGGUCUGGUCGGACAUCAUUUCCCUGGUCAUCAAGACCGUGAUCGCCAUGGUCCCUGACUUGAAAGUUUACUACCAUUCUGACAUCCCUCCUGGGAAGCCGGGACCCUCCUGUUUCCAGAUUUUAGGGUUUGACAUUCUGCUGAUGAGGAACCUGAAGCCGAUUCUGCUGGAGGUCAACGCUAAUCCCAGCAUGAAGAUCGAUUACGAGAAAGAGGUUUCUCCGGGAGUCAUCGAGUACCUCCCGAGCCCUGUGGACGAAGAGGUCAAGGUCGCUGUCAUCCGUGACACCCUCCGAUUGGUGGACCCCCACAAGAAGAAGAGACAGGAAGAGGCGCUAGCGGAUCUGGCCGAGCCCACCUGGCAGGAGAAGGACGAUUCCCUUGACGAAAGGUCCUUGGAAAAACUGGAGCUGAACGGGAGUGUAUCCCCAGAAACAACGGCCCCGGCCAUGUGCCUGAAGGAGGUCUUCCCGAAAUAUGCGAAACAGUUCAACUACCUGAGGUUGGUGGACCGGAUCGCAGACCUCUUCAUCCGUUUCCUGGGUGUGAAAGGGACCACUCGCUUGGGGCCCACGGCUUUCCGGACGUUUAUAAGAAACAGCAAGAUCAGCAACAGUGGCUUCAGCAUGGCUGCUGCCGAUAUCCUGUAUAUUGACAUCACCCGAAGAGGAAGUGGCCUAGGGGUGGACCAAAGGGAUGUGGGUAUGGGCCUGCAGGCUUUCGUGGAGGCGAUCUGUCUCCUGGCCCAGCGGAGGUACAAGUCCCUCUCGCUGCACGAGCAGGUGGAGCUCCUGAUGGACUUCUGCGAAUACCACCUGGCCACCCUGGAUGAGAAGCGCCUGGCCGGCCAGAGCCGCCCCGUCCCCGAGCAUCGCACGGCGGUCGUCACCUGCCACCACGACCGGCUGCAGCUCAGCCCAGCUGCCCACACGCCGCCUCCGUACCACCACGCCCAUAAACUGGUGGAUUAUAGAAGCCGCCGGACCUGAAGGGGUGGCCGAACUUCACCGGGGGGGGGAAUGAUUUCACCUCCCUGGCGAAUGAUUUUGCUGGGGAGGGGAAGGGGGCAAGGGCGCCCUCUCUCGCACCAGCGACAAUUUUUUUUGGAAGGGGGUUUGCGUCCUCUGCCUUUAUCCGCGGUUCCUAAAAGCAGUGGCUGGCCAUUUGCGACGUCCCAUCAAAGCCAGAGGGGCACUCUUGGGUAUUUCAACCUGCUGGAAGUCAUCUCUGCGGUCCAGGAGCCGAACCGGCGAGGGAGUCAAGCCAUCUUGCUGAAGAGGAAGCCCCCCCCCAUGGUGGUCAAAGUCUGGGUCCAGCGGAGAGAAGCUUUCCUGGCCUUUUGCCUUGAGGGAGGGAGGAGGAAAUCGGAGGGAGGGUGAGGCCCCCCUGGGAGAAAUUGGGGGUGGGGAUGGGGGUGUCCGUGAAGGAGAACUAAAUUCCUAUUUAUCUAUUCCAGCUGCUUUUGUAAGGGCUUGUUUCCUUCUGAAAGACCCGAGGCGGGAGGGAGCAGGGUGGCGGCCUUGCUAUUGGAGCUCGGCAGCGCGGGACGCUUAUUUCACUUGUAGAAAGUCAUGGGUUCCCAAAAACGCUGUUCGAUGGGCGAGGCAGCGAGCCCUCCUCAGCAUGCAUGCACAUGGAGUAGCUCUGCUGUCCGACUCCAGUUCAUUCUCCUGCACACACUCACAGUUUUGGGGAGUGGGGUGGGUGGGGCCCCGUGUAGUUCUUACCCUCGUAAACCGAACAGCGGUGGAGCUUUGUGUGAACUCUGGGGCCCUUGCAUGCUGGGAAUGAGGUGGGUGGGGUGGGAAUAGUUAUUUUCAAGGAAUAAAUUAGCUCUCCACACAAGUGCACUGAUCACAAUCUGCAUGCAUUCGCUUUUGGAAGCCUGCAUGUAUGUUCCACAACCUCCCAACGGCACUGGGCAUGUGCCAGAAUUUGUUACUGGAUGCAAAUCAGCUUCCGUUAACACAAAAAGCAAGGAAAACCAAGCUUCUAGUCCUCAAGACGAAGUAGCCACGCCAAAAAAAAACUCUCAGAAGCUAUGAGCAUGUGCAUUUGUGAGGUCGAGCAGGGAAAAGGCAGGAUUCCAGACAGAUUUCCAGAGAUCGGAGGGGCGAAAUGGCCUUCGACUCCUACAUAACUCUUCACAAUCGCCUCCUCCAUUGAACAGAAAGACCUUGUGAAAAAUAGCCAGACUAUGGUGGUUCGAUAUGCAUUAUUUUAUAAACAGGCUGCAGAAUUCAUUGGGAGAUUUUUCUGCACGAGUUGAGACGGGUUUUUCUUCCAGCUCAGAAAUGCAAAGUUGGCUUUCGUCCCGGGUCAGUUUUGUCUUGGACGAAGUCUUGUGGAAGUAGAGAGAGCGGUAGGCGAGGAAGGGGAGCAGGGGGACCGGUUGGCUGAGAGGGGCCACGCUCCGUGGCCUUCAGAGAUGGAUGCAGCCAGUGUCAGCCUGAAAUGGUGCAGGAUUGGUCAAGGCUGGUUGUAGAAGCUUCUCACUAUCAGCCUGUUUUUUUUGGGGGGGGGCGGAUGUGAAAUGAUCAGGAAGAUUAUUAUUUUCUCUGUCAAGAGGAAACAGGCGGCUUGGAGCGCUGGCAGCUGUCAACACAGCCCGAGCGAAAAGAGGGCCAUUCUCUCCGCCCCCUUAUUUUCUGCUGUAACAGAGUCUUUGAAGAUGCUCUCACGCAGAAAAAUGCUUCCAUCGGUGCAGGGCGAGAGCGGGAAUUUGUCUCCCCAUCAGCAGCAUUUAGGAGAAAAUAGCUGACGUGCGCCUUUCUGCCAGGUGAUUUAUGUCUCACUCAGAUGGGCUGGAGCAGGCAUUAGAUGUCCCAGGAGAUGUGGUGGGAAUGUGCUGUACGGAUCGUGGCCGAUCCACUCCCUCUGGGACAGAGAAAGCUGCAGAACGCAAACUGGGCUUUCUCUGCCCAACUCCUGUAAGGUUGGGCUA